AUGGAGGACUACCUCUCUUCUUCCCAAGCCUCCGACAGGAAGUUCGGGAGCAAACAGAGAGACAAGAACAAGAAGAAGGCAGCAACAAAGAGCAACAAGAAGACAUCCAGCAGUGCAAAGGACAACCAACCACCCAAAAUCCCCAAUCAGGACAACAAGAACUCUAAGCCCCCUAACCACAUCCCCAUUGAAGAACAGAGUGUUGCAUCCAGCCUCUCCCACAACCACUCCUACAGCUCCCACAACAGCAAAAAAGAGUACCCAGAGCAACCCUAG